UAAUUGCAGUGCUAACCGUGCAAGUUCAUGAAAGGCUGAAGUGUAUCUUCCGGAAGUUGUUACUGAGCCCAGAGCCUUGUGCAAGCUAGCAGCAAGGGCUUUACCUCGGAGCUUCCUCAACACGAGACAACCCACUAAUGAAAAUGAACUCCCGAGUUUCGCCAUUGUUGCAACAGACCUGUAUCGAACAAGACAGUCUGGGUCAGGAAUUCGAUGAUGCUUUGGAGGUGUUGCAGCACUCAGUUGGAGGACUUCAGUACUUCCCAGAAAAUCACAUGACUCACUAUUACUCUCACCACAUCAGAGGCAAUCCCAGCUUCUAUGGGAUCUCACCCCCAGAAGAGCCCACCUACACCUGGAGAAAUGUAAUAAAUGAGUCUGCGAACUUGCAUUUGGAAGAAAGUCUCCAGCAAUCUCUGCAGAGCAUACACGAAAACCAGCUGGGACAAGUCUCCCUCUUCCAGCCAAAGGGAGGAAAAGGCAGGAGGAAGGUUCGACUGUUUGAAUACCUUUACCAAUCUCUGUGCAACUCAGAGAUGUCAUCUUGUAUUCAGUGGGUCGAUAGAGCCAAAGGUGUCUUUCAGUUUAUAUCAAAAAACAAAGAAAAGCUUGCUGAGCUAUGGGGGCAAAGAAAAGGCAACCGAAAACCCAUGACUUACCAGAAGAUGGCCAGAGCCCUGAGGAACUAUGCCAGGACUGGGGAGAUCACAAAAAUCCGAAGAAAGUUGACCUACCAGUUCAGUGAAGCUGCUCUCCGGAGCCUGUCUCUAUCUCACCUCCGGGAGAAAGACCUCUUGUACUCCCAGUAUGAACAGCCUAAUCAGGAAUAUUUCAGUCCGGACCACUGGACUACAAACUACUAUGCCUAUGCCGGUUACCAGAGCUAAGCCACUCCAGCUUCUAAUUGUGGUCUACCAUUCCUUGCUUGCUAGCAUCAGAAAACCCCCAGCUCCAGAAUUUUCCCAAAGCAAACAGCUGCUCUCCGUACUCACAGAUCCCAGGCCCACAAUACACAAGCAGCUAAGGAGGACUCUGUAGAAUGUGGUCAGACCUUUUUUGUCCUGACAACAUUUUAGGUGGUGUUUGCAUUAAAAAGAUGUUUCAGAAGGAUAUUCAUAGUUUACCUGCAGAUACCUUCAAAUAAUCAUAGACUUAGUGUCUACAGAUUGGGUAUCCAAGAAUACCCUGGAGCCAGUCUUACAAGAAAUGAAUGCCAAAGGAGAAGAUCUCCAGGCCAUUUACCAGAUUUUAAAAUUAAUGAUCAAGUAUAUCUCAACCAAUUGAAAUUAUAGGCUGAAUGCCUUUUGCUAUGAAAUACUUUUUCUUCCAGAUAUGACACUUGGAUGAUUCUAUAGGAUGAUUCUGUUUACUGGCUGGCUGGCUGGCUGGCAGGUGGGCUUGCCUGCUGGAUUGCUUGGAGGCAGUGUUGCCCAGACUGCCCUUGAGUUAAUGGCAUAGCAGGUAUAUGCCACCAUGUCAGGAUUAUGUAUUGAUUUAAGCACUUUCUUGUCAUGUACUGAGGUAAAGUCAUUCAAAAUGUACUGUGACACAGAGGUUAUACCAAAAUGUUCAUGGCUUCAUGUUUUUCUUAAAGAACCAGUUGGCACUCCCACCAGCAGUGGAGGAGUGUCCCUCUCCAAAUCCUCUCCAGC